CGUGUCACGUCGGUAGCGAGGGACUUUCCCGGAAAGCAGAGUUCAUUAGAAGGCUUUUAGAAACACGGACAUACCGAAGUUUCAGUUUCCAGGGUUUAUUAUGGAGACACUUCAGCUUUGAAAGAAGGAAUUCCAUUCAGAUACGAGGCACAGGGAGUAAAAUGGCAGCCAUUCCAUUGUGCAUACCAAACAACUGCACCUGGGAUGAAACAUCGGGAGCGUUCCAGCGCGACUCGAGUCAGCCCCGCACGGGACUUCAGCCGGUACACCCAGCACUGCGGAAACUUCGGUCCAUCGGGGGACCAGUGUGCGUGGUGUCAAUAGCCGGCCCAUGCAGGAGGGGAAAAUCGUACAUGCUCAGCAGAGCGUUCGACCAAGGGGACGUGUUCCCCCUGGGGCAUUCGUUUGAUCCGGAGACCAUGGGAAUAUGGCUGUGGGUGGUACCAGAGAAAUACAAGGAUACUCAAGGUAGAGAGUUUACCGUUGUGCUUUUGGAUUCCGAGGGAAUCGAUGCAGUGAGUGCAGAGGGCGUCAAUGAUCACGCCAUAUUUACACUCAGCGUUCUCUUGAGCUCCGUAUUAAUUUACAAUUCUGUUGGCGUCCCCACCAGAACAGAUCUUGAGGGACUUGAUCACAUCAUCAAGAUUUCCCAACGGAUUCAAGUGAUCUCAGGAAAACCUUUAGACGAAGAGGCUUCACAGAAAGUAUUUCCUUCGUUUGUGUGGCUGCUCAGAGAUGUUGUGUUAAGUCUUCCCAAGGGUGUGGCAAACUUAAAACCGUAUUUCCUUGAAAAGGUUUUCAAGGUGCGAGGUCGGCCUAGUGGAAAGUCUCAAGAGGUCGUCGACAACAUUCUGAAGUUCUUUCCUGACUUUGACGCCUUUCCCCUCUCCCCUCCGUCAUCAGAUGCUACUGUUAUACAAAACUUAAAUGAGAAAGGGAAGCAGGGGGAGAUCAGCUCAUCAUUUAAGAAAGGAGUGGAAGAGUUCAAACAGAUGUUGCACUCAAAACUAACUCCCAAAAAAAGUUUUCUUGGACAAGGAUUUGUUACUGGAGAAGCUCUAGCAACACUGGUGGAGGAAUAUGUUCGAGCUGCAAAUUCACCUGGCGCUGUUCCAGUUGUGGAGAGUGCAUGGAACGUGUUCACUAAAACCAAAUGUACCCAGACUCUAAACGAUGCUAAAGCUGUGUACGAUGGAGGGAUACGAGAAUUCAAAGAAAAGGUGCGUCUUCCUUGUGACGACAAAAAGAUUCGAAGUGCUCAUCAAGAUUAUUUGUUAGAAGCUUUAACUUUUUUCGAGACUGAAGCAGAAGACGCGGCAGUAAUGGCCAGGUGGAUGUACAUAGAGGAGUUAGCGAACUAUGCAGACGAAGCUGAGAGUGCUUUGUUAAGAGAGAACAACAAUCUGACCGAGGAACAGUGCAAUGACCUGAUGAAAACACUACGCGUGGUGUGGUUGGAUCCAGUCCUGAAAGACGUCCAUGAUCCAAAUGAUCACGACUUUUUGAUUUUGGAAGAGCGUUUAAGGUCUGUUUAUCAAAAACUUGACAGCGACUUCAGACAACAGGCCAAAGGAGACAAAAGCUUAUGUUCAAACUUGGCUUACAUCUAUGAGUUGGUAGGAACAGUUUUCUCGUUCAAUGGACAAUAAAUCUUCCGUUUUCAUGCUAUUCGCUAUAACUCCCUUACCUUACCAUCACCGCAGUUAAUGAGUAGCGGGUUUUGCUUGCUAACUACGCACCUACUGCAAAAACCAACAAGAGAAGGGAGGAAAUACAGAAGUUAAAAACAAAUGAAAAGGAGCAACAUACAAUUACUUAUUUUUCGUACAACUUCGUCGCUAUGUUACUUGUUAAACAUGUUACGUGUUAGCUUAAGUCCUUCAACAUGUCACGGUGACUAUAGAUGUUGUUUUUGACUGCUUUAGGUUUAUUGAC